CCGACUUCUACACUCGCAUUGCGAUACUGGGGAGACAAGCCUCACUGUGUUUCGAGAAGGAGACAUGGCGCGCAACUCAGGGCGCCUCACCGCAGGUACGAAGAUGACUGCGACUCGCAAGCGUGCAGCAUCUACGACCGUGCCGCUGGCAAAACGCUCUAGACCUGCCAGGCCGACGCCCACGAAGAGUCAGUACUUCGAGCAUGCCGGCGAUAAAGUUGACCAAGGCGACAUACACACUCCGGACGAAAGUUCGCCUGGCGAUGAUGAUAAGGAUUCCGACUUCGACAAGGCUUCCAUAGAUGAUGACUUGCCCGAGACCAGCGAGGAGUCCGAGUACGAGAGUGACUUGCCGGAACAACGUCGAAAGUCGGUGAGCAUUCGCAAACGUACAGCUAACCUUAGCGUCGACAAAGCAAAGGAUAGUGAACUCUGGCGACCCGGUGUCAAGGCCGGCCUUGGACCUGGCAACCAGGUCAUCAUAAAGAAACCAAAGGCUCGAUCUGCGGGCAAGGUCCCGUACAGUGACGAAACGAUACAUCCGAACACUUUGCUCUUCCUUAAGGAUCUCAAGGCUCACAAUGACCGGCAAUGGCUGAAAGUAAACGAUGCGGAAUUCCGUCAGGCCGAGCGCGACUGGUUCUCGUUUGUGGAGGGACUGACACAACGACUAAUGGACCUUGAUGACACUAUUCCUGAACUGCCCGUCAAGGACAUUUCACGCACAGGCAGGAAAGGACCGUAUGCCCAUUACUACGUCCAGAUUGCUCCGAAUGAUGCGAGCUUUGUCGGAGGAGGCAUUUGGCAUCCAGAAGCCGCGCCUACCGCUGCCAUACGUGCCGACAUCGACAACAACCCGCAACGGAUCAAGAGUGUUCUAAUGAACGAUGGCAUGAGGAAGGCCUUUCUCUCAGGCGCGCCGGCAAACGAAGCAAAAGCCGUCGAGGCCUUCGUUGCUGGUAACAGCGAGAACGCGUUGAAGACCAAGCCAAAGGGUUUUGACGCAGACCAUAAAGACAUUGAGCUGUUACGCCUUCGAAACUAUACAGUCGGCACGAAAUUGAAAGAUGGAGAAGUGCUUGGCUCACAAGGGAUGGAACGAAUUGCGGAGCUGCUGGCUUGCAUGAAGCCCUUCAUCACAUAUCUCAACUCUGUUGUCAUGCCCGACGAUGCGGCAUCCAUUGAGGAUACGGACAUGGACGGAGAGAGUUCGGCCGAUGAGGGUGAGGAGGAGGCCGAGGACUAGAAGCCGGGAUGCUGGGAACCUACUGAAUCCGGGAUAUUGCCAUGCACACGAGCAAACGCGUGUAUGCGUUCGCCGGCCAUUCAUCGUCCAGCACAAGGGCGAGGAAAAAUACAUUCCUACAGUUAGUGGCCAAGUUUUUGUGCCAUGGCUGCGUCUUACGCUUGAUGGCGCACUGUGCCGCAUGUUACCGCUCACUCUUACCAGUACCUGCUUUGCAUCGCACCUUGGGAAAAGUAUGAACCGC